GAUUGGCAGUGUUCAGACACCAAUUCAGCCCAUUCAGAGUAGAUGGAGCCAGUGCUUGAGGACAGAGAAAGCCCUGACCCCGAUGCGUGGUCAGGCUCCAACACCCCCGCCGAGCUCGAUGACUUCCAGGAUGAAGACUAUUAUGAUGAGACAGACAGUGAAGUCGACCCUAAAGAGCUCAACGACCUUGACCAAGACCUGCAGCAUGACCUUGACCAAGACCUGCAGCAUGACCUGGAUCAAGACCAGCAGCAUGACCUGGCUCAAGACCAGCUUAAUGACCUUGACCAAGACCAGUUGGAUGACCUGGCUCAGGACCAGCUUAAUGACCUUGACCAAGACCAGCUUAAUGACCUUGACCAACACCGGCUGGAUGACCUUGAGCAGAAUCUGCAGGAUGACCUUGACCGAGACCUAAGUGGUUCCCCCUCCUCUCCACCUCGCCAGCGCUCCUUCUCUGACUACAGUGGCGACGAGCCCAACCCUGGCAGGGAGCAGUAUGACGGCUCAGACCCCGGAUCAGACCUCCGCACCGGGGACAGGAGCUGCAACUCCCCGGUGUACUCCCAUGGCUCAGACCCCGGAUCAGACCUCCAUGCUCGGGAGAGGAGCUGCAACUCUCCUGUGUACUCCCAUGGCUCAGACCCUGGAUCAGACCUCCGCACUGGGGACAGGAGCUGCAACUCUCCUGUGUACUCCCAUGGCUCAGAGGCCGAUUCGCGCUAUGCCACCCCCUCUCCUGCCCAGGAUGCCUUCUCUGACCGUGACUCUCCAGGUCAGCCUCGGCGUGACCCCGCACGCACCGACUCCUCCUUGUCGGGUCAGGUGGUGACCCGGCCUGACCCCGGCCGCCGCGUCACCAGCUCACCUGAGGAGGAGGAAGCGGGAGGCAGCCCAGGGGACGAGGAAGGAGAGGGAGGAGGGCAAUCGCAGGCACCUCCUGCUUGCGUUUCCUUUGGCAUUCCUGUGCAGGGUGCUGAGGCGGCAGAGGACUGGGGCUCAGAGGGAGAGAGAGAUCUCCACAGAGCCAGCAGGAACGGGCCGAGAGACGCACGGCUGAGACGGAGCCAGAGCCAAUCUGAGAAGCAGCAGAAGGAAGCCAAGUCUAAAUGUAAACGUAUUGCUUCGCUCCUCACCAAUGCACCAAACCCCCGGAACAAGGGGGUGUUAAUGUUUAAGAAACGUCGCCAAAGGGCCAAGAAGUUUACACUUGUGAGCUACGGGACAGGAGAGGCGGACUUUGAGAACGAGGGGGACAGCGCUGCAGAGUACGAAGACUACAGAUACUACGACAAAGACGGACAAAGCAUCCGGAUCACCCUCUCAACACCAAGCGACUCUGAAUUUGAGGACGAGUACUACGUUAAUGCACGAAAAUCUGACGCUAAUCUGAACUAUAACUACAAUUGGGGCAUCAGGCAAGUCGACCCGCCAGACACAUUCAGUUGGAGAAAAAUGGAGAAGCUUCCACAGACGAAAGGAAAGGGAGUGUUAAUGUUCGCCCAGCGACGUCAGAGGAUGGAUGAGAUUGCUGCCGAGCAUGAGGAGAUGAGGCGCAGGGGCAUUCCUGUCGAAGGUGUCAUGGAGCCCGAACCUGAAACCCCCAACCCUUUCACUCCUGAGGAGAGCUAUGCCAGUCCGGCCUAUAUGGAUGCCAGUGCUUACCAACAUCAAGAACAGCUGCAGCAACCACAAUACCAGCCACAACAACAACAACAACAACAGUAUCAGCAGCAGGAGCAGUACCAAAGUCCAGAAUAUCCUUACUCUCCCAAUGGCAUGAACGGUCUGGAUGCCCUCCAAUUUGGAUCUGCAGCAAAAGCCCUAGUGGCGAACAGAACCGCCAAGCCAUUUUUGGGUGGCCAAAGUAGGGCGCCAACCACCUUCUCGCCAGUGCGUGGUGUCCCCAGUCCAACUCAAAAGAAACAGGACCACAUCUUUAAGGUGCCCGUUCCUGUCAAUUCAGCCCCACAGGUCUGGUCUCCAACUGGAGACAUUAUUGCUUCUCGUGACGAACGCAUUGCUGUUCCGGCCAUCAAAACAGGCAUCUUGCCAGAGACAAGAAGGAGAGGAGCAAACAAAGCAAACGCUGGCGUGAAUUCUCAGCUUCAGACUAAAGGCGAUCGGAGAUCCUUCAUUGAGUCUGGUCCUGAAGAGGACUACCUUAGCCUUGGGGCAGAAGCUUGUAACUUUAUGCAAGCCCCACGGGUCAAGCACAAGGGGGCACCCCCACCCGUGGCCCCUAAACCCACAAUAAAUAAAGCUUGUCCACCUUGGUCUGCUGGUUCUCCUGGACAGUUGCCUGUCCAAGCCCCUCGCAGCCCCGUGCCUGCGUCCUCCCCAGUUCCGGCUGGGAUGCCCACUAUGAUGCCCGGUCAUGGCUAUCCUCCAGCACAACCCAACUGGGCUCCCAAGCAAGAGCUCCAACCAGCAAGCAACACAUGGGGUCACAUGUCUCCAUCUCCCACUCAAGGGUAUCCCCAGGCGCCCAACAACCACUGGGCCCCGGCGAGUCCACAGCCUCAACGGUCCUGGAUGCCUCAACCACAGCAAGCCCCAGUGAGUAUGCCAUCUGUAAGCCCGACACCGGCUGGUUCAAACCAGCCAAAGGCCCCAUGGACAAAGCCCCAAACUGAUAUGGGUUCAAUAGCAUCUUGUCCCCCAGCCCCACGUGGGACUUCCUACUCACAUGCACCCAAGGCACCACCUGCUUCUUCAUUGGAGCGCGUCUCUGAAUUAAGCACCGAUAAGCCGAAGGGUAGAGGUGCGGAACUGUUUGCUCGGAGGCAGUCCCGCAUGGAGAAGUUUGUGGUGGAUGCUGAAUCUGUGCAGGCCAACAUAGCCAAGUCCCCUUCCCCAACUCCCUCACUGCCAAGCACCUGGAAAUACUCAUCCAGUGUCCGUGCGCCACCCCCCAACUCUUACAACCCCAUUCUCUCCCCCUCUUACCCCCCCGGAGCAACAAAGCAGCCCCCGUCAACCAGCCCCAUGGUUAAGCCCAAAGCAAAGAAGGAGAAACCCAAACCAGCCCCUAAACAUCUCAAUGCCCUGGAUGUUAUGAAACAUAAGCCCUAUCAGCUUGACACCUCCCUCUUCAUGUAUAACUCCGUUCCCGAGGUAAAUGAGCCCAGCCCCAAAUCUUCCCCAGUCCCUCCUGUUCCGGAGUCAGCUCAGGUACCGAGGCAUGACUCUCCGACUAAAGCCAACGCCCCGGUAAGUGUCACCUACCCAUCCACUCAGCAGUCUGCCCCAGCUGCUCAGGCCCCGGACAAGAAGCUUUCUGCAUCACCUGCCGCGCAUGACCGCCCAGCCCAGUCCAACUUCUUUGUGCCAUCUACUCUGCCUCACAUGGCGUCCAGCAAACCCACGGGGGGCAGCUCCUACACGCUUCCCAUUUCAUCACCUUUGCCCGCUGAUUUAAUCUCUAGAUGUGCUCUUCCACUGGCCCCAAGACCUAAAUUCUCAGCUAAAAAGCCUGCAGUUACAGCCAAACAAUGGAAACCUGUAGUUAUGCUACACUAGGGGAUGGUAGAGAAUUGGGCACGUACAAAAUUGGCACCUCUGACUUAAUUAUUCUCAUCACACAAGCAUAAUUGUGUGUCCUUAACUCAAAAUAUUUUAUUUGAUAAAUCUGAAAAUAGGAAAUUCCAAGUAACCAAUCACUGCACAUUUAUUUAUCCCUAUUUUGAUAACCUUGAGGAUAUUGGAAAUUAAAAAUGAAUGUUGACUUUGGAUGUUUUGAUCCAAAACCUUUUAGCCAUCACUUUGUGUGGUUGCAAAUGAGUAUGUUUGCACCGCUGCAUGCACUGUUUUGCUGGAGCAUCACAGUAAACUACACAGGCCACUGGUCCUGGUAGAAUAUCUCUGUUACUAUAAGAGAGAGUCACAGGAAACUAAAGUAAGAGCAACAGACAUGAUGACUGAUCACUGACGGACGCUGAGGUUGGAAAGAGCAGCAUUUUGGCUGCUGAAAGUGCACUAAACUGAAAAGUGUAUGAAUGGCUUUGAUGUCUGUACUAUCAGAGACACUUUGCAAAGAAUUCUCAGGAAAUGCAAACAAAAUCAAAAAUCUUUGUCCCUGUGUUUGUAAUGUGAUAUUGUUGAUGGUCCUUAAGGGCCAUGUUUAUCAGUGUGAAGGCAGGCAAAACUAAUAUGCACAGUCCCCCUCUUCCCCUGAACACGUUCUAAGUAGGGUGGUUAGAGUCCAAAAGAAUGAGGAGAACCUAAAUCAACAUGCCAGCGUUUUGAACAAACUAUAAAUAGACGUGGCAUAAUGUUUCAAAACAAGACUGGAAGGUGGUUGCAAGUAUACCACUCACAUGUUUAACUAUUUGAUUUCCUGAAAAAUGCAUUUAAGAGAGAGCUGUGACAUCACGUUUGUUGACAUUAUCAAAUCCAAACUAUUCCAGGAUAGACUCACCUAACUUUAAUUUUAAUUAGACUUAUGUCAUGCCACAUUCAUUUCAAAGGAGCGAUAGUUUUGAAUGUAAAAUCUCCUGCUUUGCUAGUCUCAUUCCAAACAGUUGAGUGGUGUAAUAUAAGCAAGCCUUCACUGAUCCUGGCACAAUGUAAUACGCACCACUGUGUGUUUGUAGGUCUUUUUGUUGACGCCUGUACACCUCUUGACUUCCAUUAUGCACUGUAUGUAACCGUGGAAAUGUUCCUCUUUCAAUUUGUCACCAAAUGUAUUCAGAUGAACCAUCCAAGUGGUUUAAUAGUUCAAAGGGUCUGUCCAUGCUCAGUACAGAAGAAGUAUACUGUAGGCUACAUGGAAUGAUUUGGAGAUGAAUAGCACAGACAUGCAACACUACAUAAUGGAAGUCUUAUGCUUUACCAUGCUGCUGUUACAUUUAUAUGUUCUUCUGUCUGUAUGAAACUUGAAAAAAAAUCUUUCCUGUCCUUUUCUUUUGUGUCUUCUUUUAAAUAUUGCACUUCCUGAAUUCUUCCUCUGCAAUUAAACAUCUCCCUGAAAGGUU